AGCAAAACAUAGGGUAGUAAAAGUGUUUUUUAUUUUUAUUUUUUUUCUAUUUUUUCUCUAUUUUUGGACAAGGAUUUGUGACAAAAUUUCUGGGAAGCAAUUAAACUCGUCCACGUAAUCAUCUAUGGAUUCUAAGGUUGUUAAACAAAAAUAACAAUAAUAAUAACCGUCCUAAUUAAAAGCGGAUAAGUCUUCGACUGUCCACGUCAGAAAGAAGAAAACGUCCCAAGAGCCAAGAAUCAAAUCCACAGCCUCCACGUCAGCAGAUGACCGGAAACCCAAAGUGGGACCCACAUUACACGUCAUCCAAAUCGAGCUCGACAUCCUCCACCAUCAGCACCACCAAAAGCCCAAAACCCAAACCCUAACCUGCGGCACAAACUUCCACUGUACUCCUUCUUCUUCUUCUUCCUCAAAUUCCCGAAACCCUAAUUCCAAUAAUUCUCCGACCUUAGUCAAUUUCUAUACCUAGAAAUCCGAUUCUCUUCCACUAUCAAACUGCAGAACCAUGUCGGUAGAUGGUUCUCUGGACCGAAGAAAGCAACCUCCUCCGGCACAGAGCGCCGGCAACGGGAACGGCGUCGUUCAGCCUGGUGUGGGACAGUACGCGGCGAACAGGCUGAGGCUGAAUCCGAACAAGGAUCACAAGCCGGACAACUAUGAGGACCUGCAAUUGGAGUUCAGUCCGUUGUUGUUCAGCUCGCUCGAGCAGUACCUACCUCCGACCAUGCUUAAGGUCUCACGUGACGUCAAGCUCCAGUACAUGAGGCACAUCCUGCUCCGCUACUCUCCCGAGGGUGAACGUCUACGUGUUCAAAGACAUAGGGAAUACAGGCAGAAGAUCAUAUCAAAUUACCAGCCUCUAUACAGGGAACUUUAUACAAUGCACGCUGCAAACUUCUUUGUCCCCUCAUUUCUCAAAGCACUUAGUGAUAAUACAGAGGAGAGUUUUAGAAAUAUAAUGGUUGAACCCGCUCCAGGAAUUUACACAUUCGAAAUGCUUCAGCCAAAUUUCUGUGAAAUGUUGUUAACCGAGGUGGAAAACUUUGAAAGAUGGGUUCAUGAGACAAAAUUCAGAAUCAUGCGACCAAACACAAUGAACAAAUAUGGUGCUGUUCUUGAUGACUUUGGCCUUGAAACCAUGCUUGAGAAGUUACUGGAUGACUUUAUACGUCCAAUUUCCAGAGUUUUCUUUCCUGAAGUAGGUGGAUCGACGUUGGAUUCUCAUCAUGGUUUUGUUGUUGAAUAUGGAAUUGAUAGGGAUGUUGAGCUUGGUUUCCAUGUGGAUGACUCGGAAGUUACCUUGAAUGUUUGUUUGGGUAGACAAUUCUCUGGUGGAGAAUUGUUUUUCCGAGGCGUCCGCUGUGAUAAACAUGUCAAUUCAGAAACUCAAUCAGAGGAAAUUUUGGAUUACUCUCAUGCCCUGGGACGUGCGGUUCUUCAUCGUGGUCGCCAUCGGCAUGGUGCUAGAGCCACAACAGCUGGGCGCCGGGUCAACUUGCUCUUGUGGUGUCGAAGUUCUGUAUAUAGAGAGCUGAGGAAAUAUCAGAAAGAUUGUUCUAGCUGGUGUGGAGAGUGCCAGCGUGAGAAGAAAGAAAGGCAGCGUCUAUCAAUUGCUGCCACCAAAAUGGAAUUACUGAAGAGGGAUGGAAAAGCUACCACUUGAGCUUGUUUUCUGUAUGCAAGUUUUUUGCUUGUGAAGCUGUAAAUUUUACGACAUCUCAGCUUUUACCAACAAAUAGGAGGUUCUUUUUCUUUCUUUUUUAAUUUUUUUUUUAAAUUUUUUUAUUUUCAGGUUUUUUAUUGUUCUGUAGUAUAUUUAUUAUGUAGCAAGUAAUUUGUUGGUAAUACAUGAAGGUUGUCUACCAUGCUUCCAUCUUCUUGUAACUUGUAAGGUAGUUGUACAUUCAGAUCCCUUUUAGAGUAAAUCUGAUCCCUGCUUACUUGAACUUCAACUAAUGUCAAUACAACUUUCAUGCCAUGCCAGCGAUAUGAUUAUUGAAUGUAUUUGCAUUCAAUUUGUUUUUAAGCCAAUGAAAGUAAACCUUUUAACCUUA